UCUGUUCGCGCGAGACCGGCUAACCCCCGCCCUCUCCUCGACGAUGCACAAGGGCCUAACGCCAUAUUUCCGAAUAACAAAGAGUUUUAUUUACGAAGAUGGCGGAUCACGUAGUCAGAGAGCUGGAAGCUGCGGCACAAAUUAUUUUAGCUCCUCCUAAUAUUAUAACACCUGAGCAACGUCAAUCGGCAGAAACGGUUUUUUUGAACUUCCGGAAGGCAAAAUCACCGUAUAACUUAUGCCGCAAUAUUUUAGAAACUAGCACUGUCGAUUAUGUGUUGUUUGAGGCAGCUGGACUGAUCAAGGCAGCUCUUAUUAGGGAAUGGAGUUUAUUGCCCAGCAAUGACAUUAUAUCUCUUAGGCAGUAUCUGCUACAUUACAUUAUUAAUAAACCGACAUUAGCACCCUUCGUCAGGGAACGAAUGCUACAGGUUAUCGCAAUUGUGGUGAAGAGGCGAAGUGUCGAUGAUAAUGGCUUUGAGAGGAGAGACAUUCUCAACGACGUUGAAGGAAUGGUCAUGAGUGGAGAUAUGCACAGGCAGCUUCUCGGUUGUAGCAUGAUGUCGUCCCUGAUGCAGGAGUACGCAUCGACAGUUAAAUCCUCAGACGUUGGAUUAAAAUGGGAAAAACAUUUUAACGUCAAAAGACAUUUCGAAGUGACAGAUUUAAAACGUAUAUUCAAGUUUAGCAUGAGUGCACUGUCAGAAUUGACAAAGGAUGGAAUCCCUGACCCAAGUCUGCCUCUCGUCAAGCACCUACUCUCUAUCACUGAGGGGGUCCUCGUGUGGGGCUUUAUCUACGCGAAUUUGCCCAAAAGACUGAUGGGUGUCUUCGAGGCUGUUCACGAGUCAGACAACAGUCCAGCCCUUCGAAUGGGCCCCUAUUGGCGAGACGUUAUUCUCGAUCCAGUUGUCCUUCAAGUAUUCUUCUCGUUAUACUGGAAAGUCAGAACAAAUCCUCAACUGGCCCAUCACGCACGGAACUGUCUCGUUCAACUCGCCAGUCUCAACGGUAGCGUAGUGGCUAUGCACGGAGCCCAAGUCGAAUAUCUCACCGUUUACUUGAAGGAAUUCCUAAAACUAGUAUCAAACAUCGAAAUAAUAGACCAGGAGGCACUCGGCAUCGCCACCAUAAUCCGCAAAAUCAUCACAUUCUUUCGUCCAGCCUUGAAUUCGGUACCUGAAGACAUAUUGCGAUCCUUCAUGGAACAAGUAUCAAGGCUAACUUGCAUAUUCGCUGAAGGAGCGGCCCAAGAGGAAUCCAUGUGCGCUCAAGAUUGUCUGUACAUGGAGGCAUUCGAAAAAAUGUUAGACACUUGGUCAUCAAUUUUGUCAGAAUCCCAUUUAUUUCCCACUGAAUUCUGUCAACAGAGUUCAGUCCAGAUAUUCAAUGUCUAUCUUAAGUGUCAUCUAUCGUCUCCCGAGGGAACUAGAAGCACACCACAGCACAAUUUAAACGAGGACAUUGAUGAUUCUGAAGAAGAUGAUCGAACUAAAUUCAAAGACCAACUGCAGACAAUUGGAAAUUUUGGAAGACAGGUACCCAGUCACUCACUUCCAGUUCUCUCUCACCUCUUGGAAAACAGAACAAAUAAAUUGAGGCAGGAACUGAGUCAAUUAGUGGGUCAACCCAAGUCCUUGAACAUGAAUGCAAAUCUUAAAGAAUUGUACGAAGAUCUCCACUGGCUAGUUUUAAUUGCUGGUCACGUCCUUUGCAUGGAGUCAGAUGGAGAGACACCUUUGAUACCUUCAGAGCUCAUGAGGUAUAGCAUUGAGCAGCCUCAACAGGGUCGAGUAGACGUCAACGUCUCCCUACAACUGCUGGCAUCACUGGGACACAAUAUCUCUGAGAUCCAAGGGGCUGAAGAGUCUGCAGAUCAUGUAAUUCGUCUCAUAUCUGCAGUAUUUCGAUUAUCUGAAAUCGAAAAAAUAGCUAUUGGUGCUAAUAUUGCUGACACAUUGAGUCCAGAAUUGAGCAGUACCAUCGUCUGGUUCUUGCACAGAUGGUCGUUAAGCUAUUUAGUACCCAGUGAAACUUAUUAUUCUGAAAUAAGUCCAACCUUUCUUCAAGCAUUUGGUAAAGAUAGUCCUGGGGCUCCCUGGAUGGUGAAUUUUUUAAUAGAAAAGGUUGAGUGCAAUGUUAACACUUUCAAAGGAGAGCCGAAGCUAAUCCAAGAUACAAUGCAGAUGCUAGUUGCCUUAGUCGAGUCACCAUCAAGAGCGUCUUACAUUUUGAAGUCCGAGAGAUUUGGCAGACUGAUUGAUUUAGCCACCAAAGUUGAAUAUCAAUUACCUCAGGCUGCAAAACGAAGACUAAUGAGAGUAAUCGUCCAGGCUGGGGCUGCGCUCCGGGGUGAAAACAACGAAGGAUACUGGUCUCAGACACUCCAGCCUCUUCACGAUAGGUUCAAACAGAUUGUGUCGAAUAAUAAUUUCUCACGGUCAUAUCAUCAGGAGGAUGUCCGGGGACAGAUUAUAGAUGUCCUUGAAUCAUUCAUUGGUGCUGCUCAGGCGGUCGAAGAUUCAACUGUCAAAGCAGUUUUUCAUUACGUUUCACCUGUCCUGGGAGAACUCGCCAACGUCUUGGGGCUCUAUCAUAAUUAUCAGGAAAUGGUCCAGUUGAUUUUGGAAAUGUUUUGCGAGUGCACACGAAGAAUUUUAUAUUACCUGCCGGAACCUCAGAGCAUUAGAGUAUAUGAGACAUGUUUACAGACUAUUCAGACUUAUGCAAGGUGCAAUACCAAUCGGUUGACCGCGGAUGUCACAAAGGAGGAGGAUACAUUUCAGGAUAUUCUGUUACUCAUGCAGCUACUCACAAAUUUGCUAAGUAAAGACAUUUUAGAGUUAGGUCAUUCCGAGAGCUUCCCUGGGCAGGAGCAGCAACCGCAGCAACAACCAGUCACACCUGCUGAUGUCUUUAUUUUUGGGCUUAAUAUUGUCAUGCCAAUAAUGACUAUAGAGCUUCUCAAGUUUCCAUCACUUUGUCACCAGUAUUUUAAAAUGAUUACAUUUGUCUGUGAGAUAUAUCCAAAGAAAGUUUGUGAACUUCCCCCCGAGUUGUUGCAACAGUUAAUGGCAUCAGUCGAAUUAGGACUCUUCUCGUUUGGCCAUCAAAUAACAGCAUUGUGCUGUGAUAUUAUUCAAGUCAUGGCGAAACAUAUUUAUACGGAGGUAGAAAAGGGACAGCCCAGAAAUCAGCUAAUGGCACCCUUCAUGAAUCUAUUGAUGAAUCUCAUCCUGUCGAACCAAAUGAAUUCCGAUUUGGUAUCGAAUACCAGCACACCCCUGUACUUCCUAAUUUGCUGUUACCGUGAGCAAUAUAGGGCACUUGUGGCAAAUUUCUUAGCAGCCCAAUCAGACCGAGAGGUCGCGGAGAGACUGGAAACUGCAUUCAACAAUCUCACUGCAAACAUUGAAUUCAACACAGAGCGAACUUACAAACUCAGAUUUAGGGAUAGGUUCGACAAUUUCGUUGUGACUGUUCAGGGUUUUAUGCUGGUCAAGUAGGAAUCAAUUUAUCUCAUUUACAUAAAAAAUAUUCUUUAUAUAAUAUCUUCAAGAUUCACCCUCAUUUUUAUCCCAUGAACUUUUCUGUUUUUGUAUUGUUUUUGCAUUUCUACGAAUAAAAAUAGACAACAGAAAUCAUGGAAUUUGCUACAUUAGGGAGACAAUGUUUACGCGAUUGAUGACACACCUGAUGUAUAUGUGUGCGUGUGUGUGUGUCUGUAUAUAUAUAUAGAUAUAGUGAUUGGUUUUGCAAGUGCUCGGGAGGAGAAAUUUAAUCACGCAGAAUGAUUGACGAUAAUGUAAUUAUGUAAGAAAGAAAUAAGUCGAUUAUUUCAGACUCAUUAAUUUUAUUUCUUCACGAGAAUAACGAAAUUGUCAAGAUAAAUGCAACUUUACAUGUACAUACAUCCCGUUCUAUAUGUUUACUUAUUAUAGUAUAAUUAGAGUAAGUUAAUGUCAUAAAUAAAUGAGAAAUAGAUCAUGACAA